AUCACCUGUAGAGGUAGAGGUAACUACAGUACUUGUAAGUUAUUGGUACGGAUGAAACUGAGGCCUCAUAGACAAGAAAUGGAAUAGAAUAAAAUUGGUUGCUCCAGGACUAUUCAUUUAUUAAUUCAUUCAAUAAUCAAUAUGGCUGAGACAAUUAUUGAGAAAAACUUAGAUGAGAAUGAAGUUUGGAUAAAAGUAAGAAAUUGUCCAAAUUUUAGUGAUUUGAAUGCCAAGGUUAAGAAAAUCAUACAGAAGUCAUCUUAUUGGGAGAAGUAUGGAAUUGAUCUUGCCAUAGUGUUAACUGCAAUAGCAUUUGUCCCAUUGACCUACAAACUCAUGGCAAGUGACAGUCUUUUGACAAUUAUUACAGGAAUGAUCAUUUUCGGAAUGACCCACAGUAUUAUUGCCAACAAAGGAGGCCAUGCUGCAUCCCAUGGUGCAUUUGGUGAAACAAAACUCUGGAACCAUUUCGCUACUCGUUUCACUGUUGAAUUCUGGGGAUCAACUUCAGCGCACAUAGGAUAUAUGAUCCACAUUAAGGAACACCACCCCCACACAAAUAUUACUGGCCUCGGGGACUCCAGUACGUGGAAGGUACCAAUGUUACCUCGAUAUAUCUACAUGUUUGUCGCGCCCCAUUUCAUUCCAAUUGUCAUACCAUUUUUCUCGAUGUCGAUGCUGAUCGGAAACUUUUUGGAACUUGUAAAAUAUAGCAUCAUUGCUGGAAGCGGUCUUGUGCUUCAAGUUGGGGCUUUUCAUGUAUUCUGUGGCUACUCUAUUCCCAUGUCCAUUUUUAUGCUAUUUGCAAGCCGCUCCGUCAUGGCUGCACCAUAUAUUCACUUCAAUAUAUUUCAACAUAUUGGAUUGCCUAUGUACUCGCAAGCAAACAGACCAAAGCGUAUCUACCAGAUGGCGUCUGGAUGUCUGAACCUAGACAGGAAUCCACUGUUGGACCUAACUUUGGGACACACUUUGAUAAACUGCCACGUUGAGCAUCAUUUGUUUCCUGGAUUAUCCGACAACAUGGUUCUGACCAUUAAACCGAUCGUUUCAUCAUUUCUAAAGGAGAAUGGCUUGCCUUAUAAUGAGGAUAGUUAUUCAAAUCGAAUGUUUUUAUUUCUGGACAAAUAUGAAGAACUUAUGGUCAAUGCACCACCAUUGACCCAUUUCAUAGGACUUCAGUAAUUCAACUUAUGGUAAAUGCACCACCAUUGACCCAUUUCAUAGGACUUCAGUAAUUCAACUUAUGGUAAAUGCACCACCAUUGACCCAUUUCAUAGGACUUCAUUAAUUCAACUUAUGGUAAAUGCACCACCAUUGACCCAUUUCAUAGGACUUCAGUAAUUCAACUUAUGGUAAAUGCACCACCAUUGACCCAUUUCAUAGGACUUCAUUAAUUCAACUUAUGGUAAAUGCACCACCAUUGACCCAUUUCAUAGGACUUCAUUAAUUCAACUUAUGGUAAAUGCACCACCAUUGACCCAUUUCAUAGGACUUCAG